CUUCAAGAAUAUAUUAUACUUCUCGUUUAUGGAAGAUGCUGGUGAUCAUUUACGUUGUAACGACGAGGAGCGUUUGCCGUUGGCGUUUAUGGUCGGGACUUCAACAUCCACGGCGGAGCUACAGCCACCACCACCGUUCUUGGUAAAGACCUAUAAAGUGGUGGAGGAUCCGACAACUGACGAGGUUAUAUCUUGGAACGAAGACGGAACUGGCUUCGUUGUGUGGCAGCCUGCGGAGUUCGCUAGAGAUCUGUUACCGACACUUUUCAAGCAUUGUAACUUCUCUAGCUUCGUUCGCCAGCUCAAUACUUACGGGUUUAGAAAAGUAACGACGAUAAGAUGGGAAUUUUGUAAUGAGAUGUUUCAAAAGGGGAAAAGAGAGCUUAUGAGCAAUAUCCGAAGAAGGAAGAGCCAACAUUGGUCAAACAACAAGUCUCAUCAUCAGGUUGUACCAACAACGUCGACGGUGAAGCAAGAAGAUCAUCAACGGCUUGGGAUUGAUCAUCACCAUGAGGAUCAACGGUCUUGCUCCACUUCCUCCUCUUGUGUAUACACUGCGUUACUCGACGAGAACAAGUGCUUGAAGCAUGAAAACGAGUUAUUAAGCUCCGAACUCGGGGAAACCAAGAAUAAAUGCAAGCAGCUUAUGGAGCUGGUGGAGAAAUAUAGAGGAGAAGACGAAGAUGAAACCGAUGAAAAUGAUGAUGAAGAUGAUGAUGGGCUUAAGUUGUUCGGAGUAAAACUUGAAUGAAACAAAAUCGCUAGAUGAAACCAGUUUCUUCAGAUUGUUUUCAAGUUUUGCAUCAAUAUAGUACUCUUUUAUGACAAUGAAGAUCAGGAUUACAUAUGUCCGAAAAAUCUCGGGUUCUGAUUGUGUUGUAUUUGAUUAAGCUUCGUGUUCAAAACAUGGUAUCGUGUGUA